CUCAUCUCGCAGUAUAACUAGGGUAUAAUUAAGGGAGAGUGGGAGACACACUUGACAGCAGCCGUACGUCCUACUCCGAGGCUAAUUAAGACGCAACGCAAGAGGCGGUAAGCAGCCUGCCAUCAGCAGCAGCAAUGGCGGCCGCCGGCGCCGAAGUGGGAGAAGACAAGUACCGGUCCUUCAUCCACGGCGAGAGCGAGAGGAACACCGUGUGGAGGUACGGCGGCCCGCCCAACUACGACACGGUGAACAAGCUCUUCGAGGAGGAGAGGACUCACGUGUGGGCCGAGGGCUCGCUGGAGGAGAAGGUGCAGCGGCUGCUCAAGAGCUGGGAGAUGGAGCUGGUGCACAAGGCGCGGCCCGAGGACCAGAAGACCGUCAGCUCGGAGCGAUACACCACCAGCACCAACGGGAUGAGCGCCCUGACCCGGGCGGAGGUGAUGGCCAUCGGCGGCUACAACAACUUCCUGCGCACCAAGCUGCCGCCGGAGCACCGCAUCUACGACCCGGACAGCGAGUCCCCGGAGUCCGCCAUGGACACCUUCAAGACGGCCUUCCCGAGGGGGUUCGCCAUCGAGGUGCUCGACGUCUACAGCGGCCCGCCCAAGAUCGCCUUCAAGUUCCGCCACUGGGGGUACAUGGAGGGGCCCUUCAAGGGACACCCGCCGCACGGCCACCGCGUCGAGUUCAUCGGCGUCUGCAUCUUCCAUGUCAGUGUUGACGAGGAGAUGAAGGUGGAGAAGUCAGAGUACUUUUACGAGCGCGGCAACUUCCUCGCCAGCUUCUUGAGCGCCCCUGCCGCUGAUGCGGCGCCAGGCUCAGGCUCAUCAGGCUGCCCCGUGAUGCACGGGAACUGAAUAUAUGUCUGCAACAUGACAUUGGAAAACUACGCAUUAAUUAUUGGAACAUUGGGAUUAGCAUUAGCGACUUCAGAACACGUACCGAAUCCGCUGUUGUUAAUGAUGUAAUUCCAUGUGGCAUUAAACAUAAGUGUUUGAAUAAUAAACAUGUCGACAUGUUCGUUGCUUCGACACAUUAGUAGAAA